AUGCUUUUCAAGACCCUCAUAUUCGCUACCACUGCUUCGGCAACCUGCCUUCACGGCCUCUCCAUGUUCAAGCGUGCUGAGGGCGCUGAGGUUGCCAAGUUUGGAUAUGGUCCUACCAACGGUCCAUUCAACUGGGCUUCUCUCGCUCCCGAGAACGAGGCCUGCAAGACCGGCAAGAACCAGUCUCCUAUCAACAUUGAUGCUACCAUUGCCAAGGCUGCCUCUAAGCCCCAGAUCUCCGUCCCCAAGGUCGAUGAGGUCCUCUUUGAGAACUUGGGCACGACCAUUGAGGUCGUAACCAACGGCACCACCACCAUCGGCAAUGACUCUUUCCAGCUUGUCCAAUUCCACAUGCACACUCCCUCCGAGCACCACGUCCUCGGCGAGUACUACCCUCUCGAGCUCCACAUGGUUCACCAGGGUGUCGCCGACAACACCAAGCUGGCCGUCGUUGCCCUCAUGUUUGAAGUCUCCGCCGGAAGGUCCUCUUCCAUCAUCUCCUCCCUCUCCUCUUCCCUCUCCAAGAUCUCCACCCCCGGCAGCACCACCAUGAUCAAGGGCGGAAUCAACUACAGCGACGUCAUCUCUACCAUUGAGAGGUCCGACGUCCUCACCUACUCUGGUUCCCUCACCACUCCUCCUUGCGCCGAGGGUGUCACCUUCAUGAUCGUCAAGCAGCCCCUUGCCGUCAGCGUCGCCGACUACACUGCCAUCAAGAAGAUUGUCAAGUUCAACUCCCGCUUCAUCCAGAACACUCUUGGCCAGGACAACAUGCUCCAUGUCGGCGCCAUCUCUGGUACCGCCAACGCUACUAAGCCCGCUGCCGCUGCUCCUGCCGCCAACGCCUCCGAGGUAUGUGUUUAA